CAUUGUUAUGCAGACGAUAGUGUCGGUGGCGCAACGCUCCAGUGUAGGCGGAGUUUUGGGACAAUGGCCCUUAAAGGCGAAAACCGAUAUGCUUUUUGUGCUCCUCUUCUGUUGCUCUCCUCUUCCUCAUUCUUCUUGUUAGCCUUUCCAUUUGGUCUUACCUUGUGUUCUUUCUAAUCAAUCUACAACGCACAAUGCAUUAAAUCUUUACCCAAGAAACAACCCUCCCAAUUUAUUGGCUCUAAUCCUCUCUUCUCUCACUCGCUUACACCACGAGAUACAUUUGUUUAUAUCUUUAUUUUGAGAGAAAGGAGCUUUGCAAUGGGGGUUGAUUUGAGGCAAGUUGUUGCUGGUAUACUCACUCUCACAAUGUUUGUGAUGCUUGGAAACAUGAUCAAAAGAGAGCACUUCGAUUAUGUUGAAGAAAAAUUUCCUGGAGCUGUGGAUGCUGAAUUUGAUAGUGGGAAAGUAACAGAACGAGGCCUUGUAACAUUUAAGAACAUGGGUGAUGGCCCUUGGAUGGAGGAUGGCCAACAACUAAGACCAUGCUGGACGGAGUCAACUUUUGAUCAACCAGCGCGGUCCAAAGGGUUUGUCACAUUUUCAUUAACUAAUGGGCCAGAGUAUCAUAUCUUGCAGAUAUCUGAUGCAGUGGUGGUUGCAAGAUAUGUAGGAGCAACUCUAGUAAUCCCUGACAUUAGAGGAAACAAGCCAGGUGAUGAGAGGAAGUUUGAAGAAGUCUAUGAUGUGGAGAAAUUUGUGAAAAGCCUGGAUGGGGUAAUCAAAGUGGUCAAAGCUCUACCUAAUGAUAUCUCAAUUCGAGAUUUUGCUGUUGUCAAGGUACCUAAUCGUGUUACAGAAGAUCACAUUGCACAAUCAGUUGAACCAAUCUUUAAAACGAAGGGGAACAUAAGGCUGGCAACUUACUUCUCCUCAGUAAAUAUGAGAAAGACCACACAAAAAAGUAACACUGAUUCAUUUGCAUGUUUAGCCAUGUUUGGAACUUUAGAGUUGCAUUCUGAUGUUAAUGAAGUGGUCAACUCCAUGAUUGAGCGGUUAAGAAGCUUGAGUCGCAAGUUUGAUGGACGGUUUAUUGCUGUGGACUUGAGAGUUGAUCUAUUGAAAAAGAAUAGUUGCCAUGGAAGUGGUUCUAGUGGAACCAAAAGUUGCUAUGAUGCUAAGGAGAUUGCCCUGUUCUUAAGAAAGAUUGGAUUUGAUAAGGAUACCACAAUCUACUUAACUCAGUCAAGAUGGGAUGGCAGCCUUGAUAUUCUGAAGGAUUUAUUUCCGAAUACUUAUACAAAGGAAAGAGUCAUGCCUGAAGAUAAAAAGACAAAAUUCCUUGAAUCUGAAGAUUCAGAGUUCGAAAAGGUUAUUGACUUCUACAUAUGUUCUCGAAGUGAUGUCUUCGUGCCAGCGAUAUCUGGCCUAUUCUAUGCCAAUGUAGCUGGUAAGAGAAUAGUUUCUGGUAAGAACCAAAUACUUGUUCCAGCUGAUAUUCAAGGUUCAUCUGCAUCUGUCACCGAUCAUUUCUCCCCCUAUGUAUCAAAGAAGAACCACUUGGCCUAUUCAUGUUUUUGCUAGUAAUGUGUAAAAAGAAAUGGGGUAAAAAUAAGAAAACAAAAAUCAUUUUUAUCAUUUGAUGUCUUCAAUGGUAGUCUUACAGUUCACCUCAUUGAGGUUCUUCUUGUAAGCAGCUAGGUGAGCUCCAUUAUGCAAUCUUCAAUUUGGGUAUAAAAAGUCCUAUUUUUUAAGCUGAUUUUUGAAGGCCAUUCCACACUUCAGGUAGCUUUGUGGGCUGUCUCUCUCUCUCUCUGUGUAUAGAUAUCUAUUGAAGAAUGUGUUUAACAUAUUGUGAGACCAAGAUGAGUUUGUUCUAAUUGAUUUCAUAUUUUGUUUGUUCUAAAA